CCACAAGCACUGAUCUGGCAAGGUGAGCGGACCUUCACAGUCUAGCCUGAGCAGGGCUCAGGCUAUCCCUAUAGGAUUCUUGAAAAAAAAAAAUCCACUAGAAUUAUUGUUGUAUGAAGUGUACUUUAAUUUUUAAUCGGAAACAGACAUAAUUGGCAGAUAUAAUUAAAAUGGAUAUACGCGGCACCAAUACAUUCAGUGAAUCUGAGUUAGAAAGUGAUUUUGUGCAAAAAAUCAAUGCUCUCUCAAUUCAAUUAUUUACCGAGAAUCUACCGAGUACCGAUAACAGCACCGAGAAGGGGCCAGAGCUAGAGAGAGACACUCAGGAUGUUGGUAAUGCAACAGCUGCCAGUCGAUCUUCGAUCCCACCGGAAGGGAGUGAUGGAGCGAGUUGUUCAGGGCUGCUGAGCAAACGAAAGCGUAGCCUUCAAGACAAUCUGGAGCCGGAAGCUACUGGCGUAGUCAAGAGGCGUUUGAAAGAAAAUUCGCAAACGACAGGGAAAGACACUAUCGAAGAAGACUCAUGCUCGGAAUAUUCGACCACUUCAUCGAUUGGCACAGAUGACGAGAGUUUGCCACUGACGUCGGAAGAUACCAUCGGAGAAGAUUCAGACUUUGAAUAUUGGUCCACAUCUUCCAUAGGCAUAGAUAGCAAUAUUGUGUUAAAGUCGUCGGAAGAUACCAUGGGAGAAGACUCAGACUCAGAAUAUUCGACCACAUCAUUGAGAGAAAUUAUACCACAGACAUCGGAAGAUGUCAUCGCAGAAGACUCAGACAUGGAAUAUUGGUCCACAUCUUCCACAGGCAUAGAUGACAAUAUUGCGUCACAUAUGAUGAAAGAAUCGGAAACCGAAUAUUGGUCGUCAUCAGCUGUGGAUCAAGAUGAAGACAGCAAAUCAGUGACGUUGGAAAAUUCGCAGGAAAGACCCUCUUCGCCCUCCAGCAACGGAAAGCUCGCAGGAUGUAGCAGUCAGCAAAAUGAAGGAAGAAAGUGAGAGUCGUAACGCCAGUGAUGGGGAGGUUUCCCGCGUCCAGGCACACCGUCAAAUAGCAUCGCGUGAAGUGUGUAUUUCAUGAGAAAUCCCUAAAAAAAUCAUCUACUUUACGACGAAUUUGCCAUGCAUGAGCUCGACCUCGACCCGGAUGCAAAUCGCGAACCAUAAGACUGGGGGAGAUGGCUUCAUACUGCUUUUGAUAAUCUUAAAUUUUUUAUUGUAUAAACACUAAUUUACUUUAUAUUCAUACCAUGAUUUACGUUGCGUGCGUAAAUUUUUGCCUCUAAAGUAUACAUUUUUGACAUAGUAAUUCAAAUACUUUUUUAAAUUUAAUAAUCAAUUUUAAUAUCGAAAUAGUCAAAAAAUAAUUUGCUAAAAAUUCACAUUGAUAUUGAUCUCAAUAUCAUUCAAAUUUAUUUAUGAAAAAAUAAAACAAACGAUCAUGGCAAAACACAUACAGUGCAUAUAUAUGCAUUUUGUAGGGGAAGUUAGGUGAAGACAGACACAAAAAGAAAAUUGUUAAAAAUCUAAAGAUAUAUAAUUACAGCGACCAUGAAAUUGUGUAUAGCUUACACCCAUAUUUCAUUAGAAAAUGUGUUAAAUUUUUCAAUUUUUGAUGUUUCUAUUUUAUUUUAAUGUCUUUGUUAUCAACUAAAUUAUUUUUUCGCGUAGUUUUGGCAUAUUUGGGUGAGACGAUAAGAUACCUGAUGCGGGAAACAUGGACACCUGUAGAAAUCGUUGAAAAUUGAAAAAGUUUACUGUAUUUGAACAUUGCCUGUUGCUUUCCCCUUCCUGGAACGUGCAUAGAAAUCAUCUUGGUCAUUUGCAACGUCCGUUCGUUCAGCAGUUGAUUUAGGAAUUGUAAGCGCCGCUUCAACCAUAACGUAAAAUCCAAAAUGUAAGGCAUUUGUUUGGAUUGUUGAGUUAUUAAAUAAUUACAUUUAUCAAGUAAAUUUUUAUGAGCAGUGUUCAUUUUUCCCGCGAUGCCCGUCUUUACCAUCUUUCCCCUACUCAUAAUAUAUUAACGUUUUACACCUGUUUAUAAUCACUAUUAA